CCAGAGACGACUUGGCUGAUGUUCAUGUCUACCUCCAUCUUACAUGGAUGAUACAGAAAAAUGCACCAAGUGCCCGGAUGUUCAAUAUCCAAAUGAGAACCGAGUCCAGUGUAUUCCCAAAAGAAUAACCUUCCUCUCCUAUGAGGAGCAUCUGGGCUUCAUCCUCAUCUCCAUUGCCCUACUCUUGUCUCUAACCACAGGCCUUGUUUUCAUCAUAUUCCUUCAAUACCUAGAAACUCCCAUCGUCAAAGCCAACAACCAGCAGCUCUCCUUCAUCCUCCUGAUCUCCCUCCUGCUUUGCUUUUUGUCCUCCUUUCUCUUCAUUGGCCAACCAAGAAAAGCCACCUGUCUUCUCCGACAAACAAUGUUCAGCAUUGUCUUCUCAGUAGCCGUGUCUUCUGUGUUGGCCAAAACUAUCAUGGUGGUGCUGGCCUUCCUGACCUCAAAACCAGGGAACAUAAUGAGAAGAUGGUUGAGGAAGAGUUUGGCCAACUCCAUCGUCCUUUCUUGUUCGGUUAUCCAAAUUUUCAUUUGUGUCAUGUGGCUGGGAGUUUCUCCCCCAUUUCCUGACUCUGAUCUGCACUCCCAGCCUGAAGAGAUUAUUCUUCAAUGCAACGAAGGCUCUGUCGCCAUAUUUUAUGUUGUCCUUGGCUACAUGGGCUUCCUUGCUGCCAUUUCCUUCACUGUGGCUUUCCUGGCCAGGAACCUUCCUGGAGCUUUCAAUGAAGCCAAGCUGAUCACCUUCAGCAUGCUGGUCUUCUGCAGUGUCUGGGUCUCCUUCCUCCCCACCUACCUGAGCACCAAAGGAAAAUACAUGGUGGCCAUGCAGGUUUUCUCCAUCUUGGCCUCCGGUGGUGGACUCUUGGGCUGUAUCUUCUUCCCCAAGUGCUACAUUAUCAUCCUGAGACCAGAUCUUAAUACUAAGGAUGAUCUAAUGAUAAAAGUAGGGAACUGAUAAUGUAAUUGGUUCUUGGGUUCUUGAAAUUUAAUUAUUGAUUGCAAUUGUUCUUGGUUUAUAUGCUUAGUUUGCCUGUUUGACUAUUAUGGUUAUUUAAAAUCCAAUGAAAUAAAGAAUUAGAUUAAUAAAAUUAAAAUCCAACAUAAUCAUCAAAUAAUAAAACAAAUUAAUAAUUAAUAUUUGUGUUUUUAAAUUGUUGCUAGCCCUCCUUUUCCUAAGCACAUAGGUUAUCCAAUGUUUUGAUUCAACAGCCCUUUAAAAGAGGACACAUAUGAAUCUUUGGACUGCUUUAAGCUUGGUAGGUAUCUUCAAAGUUAGUUAGGAGGUUCUCAACCUCAUCUCCUUCAUGAUUCUUUCUGAAUCGGUAUUUCAAGUCCUCCAAGGUCUGUGUCAAUAUUUGCGCUGAUGAUCCCAACCAAACAAACACCUUUGAGACAUUCCAAUCUCUUAAUGUAAAACUUUAUUGAGUACAUCAUUUUGACAUGUAUGAAAGCAAAAGAAGCUCUGGGAAAACCCCAUCGAAGCCCUACAUAGUGAAAGCGUAGUAUUUUCUCUCCUCCCUCUGGAUCAUGGGGCCAAUCAAAUGCAGCAAUAUUGUUUUGAGAAAGUAUCUCUGGGUUUCGCCAGACAUUUGGUAAAUGUCCUGGAUUCCCAUGAUCUGCUUCCUUAAUCUUUGAAGUUUGCAUUCAAAUCUGAUUCCUUCCUCCCUCCUGGGUUCAUUGGCAAGCUGAGAAGCAAUAUCUGUUGCAGCAGGAAAAAAGGUGCUUCGAGGCUUGACAUGCAGAUGCUCCUAAAAAUUGGAAUAUACCUGGAAAACAACAAACACGUAUUAAGGCAUUUCCCCCCCUCUCAAUUAUCCAUGUAAAGGUUCCCUGGCUUUUGAGGAUAUUCUGGCUGGAAUCUACUUAUUAAGUCUUCUGCUCCAAUUUUAUGAGCUUUUAUUCCUCUAUUGAAUAACCUCUUCACUGAACUAGAUACUGUAGUUUCCCCUUAUGGAUUCUAGAGUCUAUGAUUUGCUUAACCUUGUAAUGUCUUUCUCCCUCCACCCUUAUUGGACCCAGUGCUUCUUUUCCAACUGGUCUGAGUUUCGAUCCCUGAGCCGGCCUCAUCAGGCUGAAGUGAAAUACCGGGUGCACUUUACCCAUUAUUCUGGGCAGUUUCAAUUCUCCAGUCCCUUGGUGAAUAAUUUUCAUGAUGGGGAAGACCCUAUGUACUUAGGGCCUUGUUUUUACAGGGAAUCAUCAACUUUAGGUACUUGGUGGUUAGACACAUUUUAUCUCCACCAUGGAAUGUUCCCUGGGGAGCUCACUUCUUAUCCAUUUGUUCUUCUGACUCUCUGUUGCCUUGGCUAGUUCUUUCUUCACAUUACGCCAGCUCUCCUUUAGAUUAGAAGAAUUUCCUCAAGGGGUCCUGAACCCCUGCAGCCUGUCCAGUAGCUUCCGGAAGAGCUGUGAAGACUCAGGGGAAAAUGGCCAGAAUGGGUCUGGCAAAGAACUGCCAAGACAUAGGCCAAAUGGACUUUGGAGCUCAUGUGAUGGUGCUAGCAAAAUAAACUUUUAGACACAAACUGUUCCCUUAAACUGAUUCCUAAUUAUGCCCUUUUUUGUCAGCGGGAAAGGACACGGGAUCAGGCUCACUACAACAUAUGCAUAUGUCUUGUUGUCAUCCCUGGUCCCAGAUCAAAAAUUGUGAAUCCCACUUCUCACACCAGUUUCUCUGGAAUCAAAACAAAGAGCCCAAAGCAAAGAAUCAGACCUCACUGCAACGUUUAUUAAACAGUGUGUACUGGGAAUGGAGUCUUCUCUGAAAUAAUAAUAUAAAAUUCGUUCAAACAAAGAGAUAUAUUCACGUCAUACGCUCACAUCCCACUCAUAAUGUGAUGGUGUUUUUAUGAGUUUGUGUGCUAUGUUUAAAGCUGUAAGCCACCAGUGUGAUCUAUGUAUGAGUUGGGCUUAUUGGUUUAUUAAAUAAUUGUAAAAAUAUUUAUACAUUUCAGAAAGGAGGGGAAAAUGAUGCAAAAAGGGAGAAAAUGAUCCAUAUAUAUACCUAUUCAUAAAUGAUAGCAAAAUCAAUCUCAGGUUACUUCUUGCCCUUCUGAUAGAUGUGCAAAGAAAAAUAUUCUUAGUUAGAAGAAAUAUUCAGGGAUUGCUACAGGAAUAUUCUGAUAAAACUUCCCACAGGUUGCUAUGAGUUGCAAGGCCGCAUUCCUUGUUGUGUCUCCAUUUGCCUACUAAACUGUCCCGUCCAUCUGGAAGCUGAUUUUACCAACAGUAUUGUGACUAAAAAGGAGACUGGGUGUAUUGCUACUGGUUUCUUUAGGAAUACAUAGGAAAAUAAAUGUGGGUAGCUUUAGAAGUAAGAGGAAUACCUCCUCCCCAUGGGCAUCUUGCUCCCUUCCUUCCUAUCUUUGUCAAUUUUAAACUAAUGUUAGAGGUACUAUUUAUUCUUUGAAUGUUUUAUUGUUUUGUCUUGUUUUUACUGAUUGUAAACUGCCUAAAAUCAUCUUUAGGCAAUAGGGGAAGCAUAUAAGUUAAAUAUACAAAUAUUAAAUGGUCAAAAUGUGUUAAUUAAAAUUAUUAAAUGUCAUUUUUGAAAAAUAAAUUUGUAAAAUUCA